GUGCGGAGCCUGCGGAGUUCGCUGGAGGCGCUUCAGGGAGCUGAGCCCGCAGAACCCCUUCCUCGCUUUUCCCUGCUCCGUCGUCCCCCCACUUCCCAAGCGCACGGUCCCCAGGGGUCCCAGCGGCCCGGAGAGCCUCCGUCUCGCCCCACGCAGGGGUGCAGGGCUGCUGUGUGCAUUUGCACCGAGUUCCUGGAGCAGCCGCCAGAGGCAUGGCGGGGGGCCUCGGGGGUGUAGACGGUACCGGAGCCUGGCCCGGCCCGCAGGUGCUCGGAUCCUGGCGGGUUCUCUCCCGCCCUGGGAGCGCCCGUCCCGGUCCACACUGGCUGUGUGCGGGUUGCAGGGACGAAGCAGAUUUGGCGGUUGCUCUGAAGUAGAGUCUGCAGGAGGAAAUGGGCUUGAGAAUAAGGAAUCGCAGUGCCCAGGUGUACGAUGAACACCAAAGCUCCAGAAACCACCAGUGGAAGAUGUUCGAGAUGCAGUUUGUAGUCGAAGACGGGAUUUGUCAGGUGGAGGCAGGAUGGCGUGGGUGAGCCCCUGCAGCCGUGUCCUGGCGAGAGGUGGAAGGACACCGGUGAUUGCCCAUAGUCAGUAUCAAAAGUCCAAGAGGAUCUCCAUCUUUCUGAGCAUGCACGAUGAGAUCGAGACAGAAGAGAUCAUAAGGGACAUCUUCCAGCAAGGCAAGACCUGCUUUAUCCCACGCUACCAGUUCAGGAGCAAUCACAUGGACAUGGUGAAGCUGGCGUCACCCGAGGAAAUCUCCUCACUUCCUAAAACGUCCUGGAACAUCCACCAGCCUGGAGAGGAUGAGGUUCGGGAGGAAGCUUUGUCCACAGGCGGAUUGGAUCUCAUCUUCAUGCCGGGUCUCGGCUUUGACAAGCACGGCAACCGCUUGGGCCGGGGCAGAGGCUACUACGAUGCAUACCUGAGGCGCUGUUUGCAGCAGCAGGACGUGCCGCCCUACACCAUGGCCUUGGCCUUCCGAGAGCAGAUCUGCCCCCAGGUCCCUGUGGACGAGAAUGACAUGAAGGUUGAUGAAGUCCUAUACGAAGAGUCCUCGACAUAAAGCCUGAUGCCUGCAGCUGACAUCAGGGUUUUGCCCCAGAGAAAAGCUAGUCUGUCCCUUCUCCCUGGUCGGGACAUCAGCGUGAAUAUGGACUGCUGGCUGCUUGCGUACCUGCAAAACACCUGAUGUUAAAUCACCCUCCAAAAUCAGCGGUAGAUUGUGAAUGAACAUGGGGGUGGGGACCACAUGACCUGCAGCCAUCUCUCUGGUCACCGUGACAGGCGUGUUCCUCCAGCACAUGCCCCUUGUUUGUGAGGGGCUGUGGUCUGCCCUGAGUGUGAGAGCAAGGUGAACCCGGCUGCUUGGACAUGGUCUCGGCAAGUCCCGUCGUGGGCCUGGUCAGCUUUUGGCAGACGGCUGAGGAUCUGUCCAUGUGUUUGUGUACAGGGUUCCCCCAGAAUAUUCUAGGGCUUCAUCAUGACUUUAUCUGCUCACCCUGAGAUUCUGUGUCCGAUGCUUUGUAGGUUUGGAUGGUUAGUGGACUGGACCCUCAGAUGAUUUAAAUGCUCUGCUUCUGUCUCUGCUGUGCCGUGUGUCAGUCAAUUAUGAGUUGACGAUCUGAUAUUCUGUCUGUUAGCGAUUCUUUGUUUGCUUGUGGUGUCUGCUUUGGAAAUGAAAUGUGCCGUGGGCUGCACGCUGGCAGAUGGCAUCACAGCGAGGGAGUGGUGAUUUUGUGCGGCAGGUUUGCUCGUGACCAGAAGCCCAUGAGAUUUCCUGAACACUGUGCUCCCCCCCACCCCCCGCCCCGCACUGCCUGCACCCGGUCCUGUGGCAUUUGCCAUCCGAGUGCUGCUGACAUCCAUCCCUUACCAGGUCCCAUCCCAUCCUGUCCGUCUGUCCUUGUGUCCAGGCUCUGGCGUCUCUGGGCCAAGUGAGCAGGCGACUCUCAUCUGGCCUCUGCUGCCUGCAGUCUGGAGCUUUGCACUCUGUUCCCCAAAUGAUCUAAGUGACCUUCUGGAGCGUGAAUCCGACGGGGCAGCAGCCCUGCUUGGAGGCUUUCAGGGGGCAUUGGGGGCCUCCCGGGGAGUGGGGAGUGGCUGGAUGCUUCUCCUGUAGGAGGUCCUUCCCCCUCGCUGAUGGAGAUCUCCCCCCUGAGCAGCAUGGGUGUCUCUUGCCCCUUGCGCCUUGUGGGCAUGCCUAUGCCGCCAGCCAUGGUGCCCUUUUUCCUCUCUAGCUGAAGCUCCCAUCUCUCCUUUAAGACUCAGCUUAGGGUUACCUCUUCCGUGAGGUUCUCCUAGAGGCUCCUGGGCAGAGUUAGUGUCAUUGCACUUAUACAAACAGCCCUGGUCCACAUCCUCCUGUCCUCCUGCCGUAUGCAUCCACUGUGAGCUCCAAAGAGGAGGGAUGAUGCUAGCAUUUCUCAUUCUUAACAAACACCUGCACAUAUGGCCGGUGUCUGAGGAUCUGUGUGAAUGAGUUCAUUGAACAUGCAGAAGUGUUCCAUUUAAGGCAUGGAUCCAUGUUCUCUGGAUAAUAGCAUAUGAUUUGGUGUUCUGUGUGUAAAAGUAAAAAAUAUUUUAAAAUGUGUGAUUCUGAGAUUCAGGAAGGCCAGAGGGGUACAGGCCUCCCACCUGGCAACAGUGAACACGGUGAUUAGGAAUGAGCAGUGACCCAUUGUGCAGAGGGUAUCGGGAAGGAAAAAAUCCCUGACGAUGCAGGUAAUGUCCAUCAGGGCAUCGGCAGAGGCUGAAUACAAGGCCUCCAGGCCCAGAAGCGAGCCAGCAUGGUCUGGGGCCUGGACAAGGGGACAGUCCAGGUAGUAGGUCUGAACAGAGACGGUUCUUUGAACUGGGGAGUUGGGAGAUAGAGCAGAGCCCCAAAGUCUCUCUUCGAUUCCUGCCCUGCCCUAGCACUGAGUGUAAUUUGACAAGGUAAACCGUGGAGUCUAGUCCACCCAGCAGAUGGUAACCAAGAAUGUUUAGUCACCAUUCCCACUAACAUGGGAGCAAUGUGUGUUUCCAGGUGUGGACGGCUCCAUGCAGAAGCCGAGGUCCUGGUCACGGUUCUCCGUUUUUUUCUUCCAGAGAUCAUUGAAAUUCAGUUUGUCACACUGCAUUUUAAUCAUGUGCUUGCACGCUCAUCUCCUCCUCACGGGCACAUGCGCUGCCAGGUGUGGGGCUCACUGAAAGCCCCCAGCACAAAAUAAAUAGUAAAUUCUCGUGUGCAGGCUGCCCUGGCUGUGUUGUGCCCUCACUGCUGUUUUUGCUGGCCGCUAUCUGCUGCCCUUUCAGCUUUGUCUCUGGACUGGGUCAUUCUAGAGCACAGUGUCACUGUGGCUGCGUGGCCCUCCCCCUCGGUCCAUGCUCGGCCUUGUGCACACCCCGCUUCACGCAUCUCACAGUCAUUGUCCCUCCUGGCCUCCUGCCCUCAGAGGGGUGAGCUCUCAUGCCUGGGAGCCCCUUCCCCAAAUGUAGGUUUCUAUGCCUAAAAAUAAACAACAAAUUCUUUUCCGGA